AUGGAGCUCCUUUACAAAUGGGUUAGCCCUGGCAUCCUCAUUGACAUUGAGGACAUCGAUGAUCCUGUUGAUGCCUAUAAGCACAUUAAGACACAAUAUGCUGUCACCAGUCACCGUUCUCGUGAACAAACACUUGAAAAAAUCAGUGCCCUAUCUCUUACUACAAGUGACAAUAUGGCCGACUACCUCAAUCAGCACAGACAGCACCGAGCCGAUCUCAAGAAACUCGAGUACUCGUACUCUGAUAACCAAUGGUAUCAAACAUUCUCCUUGGACUCCCAUCAUCCUAUCGAACCUUCAAGAAACAAUACGACUGGAUCCGUGCGAAGAACCCAGACGAAGAACACGAUCUCUCCUUUCUCUUCGACCGUCUCUUUAUUGAAGAAGAAGAUCAAGAAAACCAGAAGAAGGAACGCAAAGCCAAUCAAAAGGACACCGAGUCUAAAGAGAAAGGCAAAGGCCACAAAUCUCAAGAUGAUCGCAGCAACCUGA